AUGGCUGCCGUAACGCCUCUUAUUCUUCUUACACUUGUCUUUCUUCAAGUUUUGUUAGUUUUUGCAAACGUUAAUCUGAGUUCAACACUCACCACUCAUGAUAAUGAUGCGUGGCUAUCACCUUCGGGUGACUUUGGUUUCGGGUUUCGCCAGCUUAACGACACAAGUACAAACCUCUUCAUGGUUUCCAUCUGGUAUAACAAAACACCCGACAAGACCGUUGUUUGGAAUGCAAAAGCAGAUGGUGAUGUUGUAAAAGCACCAACAGGAUCACAGAUUCAGCUCACAUCAAAAGGGCUCACGCUCACAAUUCCUAACGGGAAAUCCAUAUGGACGGCACAACCAAACGCCCUUGUUUCCCACGGAGCUAUGCUUGACACUGGCAACUUUGUUCUCUUGAACGACAAUUCUACUAAUGUGUGGGAAAGUUUCAAGAAUCCCACAGACACGUUGUUGCCUGACCAAUCUCUGGAGAGAGAUGGCAAGCUAACUUCUCGAUUCACAGAGACCAAUUACACAAGAGGAAGGUUCCAACUUUAUUUUCAGGAUGGUGAUGUCUUUCUGAGCCCCCUUGCUUGGCCUACUGAUUUUCGUUAUGACUCUUAUUAUAAAAUUGAUGCCGCUGCCUCUGCUUCACGAUUAGUAUUCAAUGAAUCGGGGGAUAUUUAUGUAGAGACAACAAAUGGGACUAGAAUACAACAUCGAGGUCAACAAUGGUUUAACAUAACUCUCGAUCCUAAUGUGUAUUACUACAGAGCGACACUUGAUUUCCAUGGAGUUUUCACCCAUUAUGCUUAUCCAAGGAGCUCCAGUGCUGAACAAGGCUGGACAAUUUUGAGGUAUGUUCCUUAUAACAUAUGCAUUGCAAUAUUUAAUGACAUGGGUAGCGGUUGCUGUGGCUAUAAUAGCUAUUGCUCAAAGGAAAAUCAGAGGCCUACUUGCAAAUGUCCUGAUGGGUAUUCGCUAAUAGAUCCUAGUAAUCAAUUUGGUGGAUGCCAACCCAAUUUCAAACUUGGUUGUGGAGCAGAUAAUGAUGGAGGAGGAGGAUCGCAAGCACAGCCAGAAGAGCUAUAUAAUAUUACUAUUCUUAGAUAUGUGGAUUGGCCUCUAUCAGAUUAUGAAAAGUUACAACCUUCCUCUCAACAGGACUGCCAACAAUCUUGCUUGCACGAUUGCAUGUGUGCUGUUGCCAUUUUUAGGGAUCAAACAUGUUGGAAAAAAAGAUUGCCUCUCUCUAAUGGAAGAUCAAACAGUGGCAGUCACUUGGUCCUUAUGAAAACAAGAAUUGCUCCUUUGGGUAACCUUGGUCCUGCCAAUAGUCCUAACCCAAAGAAAGAAGAUCCAGCUAAGCCAGUUCUUGGUUUACUUAUUGGCUCCGUUGUCAGCAACAGUCUACUCCUGGCUACUGUUGUUUUGAUUCUUCUCUUGAAGCCCAGAAGGAUUGUCCAAGCUUCAAGUAAUUUGGAAUCGAGUUUACAUUCAUUUACUUAUGAAGCAUUGAAAGAAGCCACAUGGGAUUUUAAGGAAGAACUAGGCAGGGGUUCCUUUGGCAUUGUUUACAAAGGCAAACUAGAAGCGGCGUCUUACAAUGUGGUUGCCGUCAAGAAAUUGGACAGAUUGGCACAAGAACAAGAGAAGGAAUUUAAGACCGAGUUAAGUGCUAUUGGUAAAACCUGCCACAAAAAUCUGGUACGAUUGAUUGGAUUUUGUGACGCGGGACUCCAUAGGCUAAUUGUCUACGAGUUUAUGAGCAAUGGUUCUCUUGCAAAUAUCCUAUUUGGACAACCCAAACCCAUUUGGAAUCUAAGGGUUAAGUUUGCAUUGGAUAUUGCAAGAGGGUUGGUGUACUUACACGAAGAGUGUGACACUCCCAUCAUUCAUUGCGAUAUUAAACCUCAAAAUAUACUCAUAGAUGAACAUUUCACUGCAAAGAUCUCUGACUUUGGGUUGGCCAAGUUGUUGUUGUCCGACCAAAGUAGAACCAAUACCGUGAUCCGAGGAACUCGAGGAUAUGUGGCUCCUGAAUGGUUCAAGUAUGUUCCUGUUAAAGUGGAUGUUUACAGCUUUGGUGUCAUGUUGUUGGAAAUCAUUUGCUGCAGAAAAAGUGUGCAGCUGAUGGACUCCGGGGAGGAAGAGAGAGCAAUAUUAACAGAUUGGGCUUAUGAUUGCUAUAUAGAAAAAAAAAUAGAUGCUCUAGUGGAGAAUGAUCAUGAGGCAUUGGCUGACAUUGGCAGGUUACUGAAUUGGGUAAAGAUAGCAAUUUGGUGCAUUCAAGAGCAUCAUGAAAGGAGACCAACAAUGGGAAAGGUCAUGCAAAUGCUACAAGGUUUGGUUGAAGUUACUAACCCACCAUCGCCUUCUUCCUUCACUUCAAUUUCUUGACUGCCAUCCAGCCCAGAAAAUUGGGGGAGAAAAGGUAGCCCUGACAUGGUUGUGUAUACCAUUUCCCAAGCGAAUUUUCCACAAAUUUCAUGUUAUGACUUAUUUCUUAUUGUAUACUUUCUACAUAAUGAAUAUCCUUAUGCUCCAAUAUAAUUA